AUGAAAGUCCCCUUUGUGCUCUCACUAGCACUCCUAGUGAGACUGUCUAGCUGCACUGAGGUCGUCUUUGAUGUUUCAAGCCCGGAUCCUUCCCUGGCUAGAGACUAUAACAGUACCGCAGAUGGAGUAACUUAUUACUCCUACUUUCCCAAGGGAUUAUUCUUCAGCAAGGUAGUAGAUGCUAGAGUCACCAUCUGGGAAGGUAAGGGAGAAGAGAGAUGUACAAUACCAUUCCUAAGUGUUGAAGGUGACAAGAGCAGGCUCGUUCUUCAUGUUUGGCCUAAUAGCACAGAAUCCAAGAUGUUGUACUAUGAGAAGGUAUAUGGAGAAUGGAAGCUGGUAACUAUAAGAGUUAAAGGUCUUCCAGAGUCAGAGGAACCAGUCUCUCCACAGGAACAUGCAGCUGAACUUAACUUUGCCAACCUUGGAUGUCCCUUGGGAGGAUUCUCAGGUUCAGAAGCUAAGCCAAAGGUCACUCUCCCUCCCGUGAAACCUCAUGAUGAUGAGGAUGAGCUAGGAGAACUUGAUGAGUAUGUACCAGAGGCUAGAGUAGCAGAACCUGAGACUCCAGAAGUUUCUAUAGAGGAUUCCCAGCCAGAAAAAGAAUCCGAGGCUCCAGUAGAGCCCACUAUAGAACAAAAACUAUUUACCCAUGAAGAUAUUGUAGUUGAGGGGGUACCGAAAGUUUAUGAAUUUUCACCCAGUACUGAGACAUCAAGAGAGGUUUCCGUUACAGAAGAUUCGCAUCCUGAGGAGCCUGUUCUGGCUGCUAAAGAAUCUAUCCAUUUGGAGACUUUACCUUCUGACCAUACAGAGGCUUCUGAGGAUUCUUCUUUGGAACAAUUAGAAGGAGAAUCACCUGAAGUUCCUGCAAAACCAACUCCUACUAAAGAAGCAUCUAAAGAUAGCCCUAAAACUAGUGCAGAUUCCUUUCAACUACCAUCAAAAGCAACAUUUCCAGACCCUGAAGAAGAUGUAGGCCCCUUGGUGUCGAAGGUCGAUACAUCCCUCUUUAAUGUCGUUGACUCUUUUGAAGAUUAUGUACCCGUUCUUGAUCUUAAAGCCAAGGGAAAUAAAGCCUUUAAAAUCACGUUUGAUGAUAAGACGAUAUGGGAAGAUCCUAACACACCAUGCUCCUCAGCAGUACUGUACUUUGAUGAAGAUAGACCUACCCUUUUAAUUGUUAUUGUAAAGGAUAAGAAUGAUAAGCUUAACAAGGUCUAUAGAUACCAUGACGGUAAGCAGUGGAAGGAUGGUACUAAGAGGGGUCACAAUAAAACAGAGCAAGUUGAGGAGAUUUUUUUGCUGUUGUCUCUGUUGAAUCCCCAGAGAUCACAAAUCCUGAGAAUUAAACUACAAAAAUCUGAUAGUAUUUCCAAUCAUGAUUCAUCCUUGUGGAAUAUGGUUGCUUGUUUCGUUGGUAAAAAGUAA